AUGACUCAAGACGUGGAGAUGAAAGAUAAUCAAACCCCAACUCAAUCCCUCGUCUCUGCUACGACUUCCACUCUGCAGCAUUUGAAGGAGAUUGCAGCUCUUAUCGAUACCGGAUCGUAUACCAAAGAAGUCCGACGUAUUGCUCGUGCUGUUCGUCUCACCGUUGGGCUAAGACGGAAGCUCACCGGUUCUGUGAUCUCUUCUUUCCUUGAUUUCGCUUUGGUUCCUGGAUCCGAAGCUCACACUCGUCUCUCUUCUUUUGUUCCCAAGGGGGAUGAACAUGACAUGGAAGUUGAUACAGCAUCAUCGACUUCUCAAGCUCCUCCCAAGCAUUUACCUGCAGAGCUCGAGAUUUACUGCUACUUCAUUGUUCUUCUUUUUCUGAUUGAUCAGAAAAAAUACAACGAGGCGAAAGCUUGCUCUUCAGCAAGUAUUGCUCGCCUUAAGAGCGUAAAUAGGAGAACUAUUGAUGUGAUAGCUUCAAGAUUGUACUUUUACUACUCUUUAAGUUAUGAGACAACUGGUGAUCUCGCCGAGAUACGUGGUAAUCUUCUUGCCUUGCACCAUUCUGCAACACUGCGCCAUGAUGAGUUGGGCCAGGAGACACUUCUGAAUCUGUUGCUUCGCAACUAUCUGCACUACAACCUGUAUGACCAGGCAGAGAAGUUAAGAUCAAAAGCACCUCGAUUUGAGGCACAUUCUAACCAACAGUUCUGUAGGUAUUUGUUUUAUCUCGGUAAGAUCAGGACGAUCCAGCUGGAGUACACCGAUGCGAAAGAGAGCCUUCUACAGGCUGCUAGAAAAGCACCUGUCGCUGCUCUAGGAUUCAGAGUCCAAUGUAACAAGUGGGCUAUUAUAGUUCGACUACUCUUGGGUGAAAUUCCAGAACGGUCCAUCUUCACUCAGAAGGGUAUGGAGAAGGCUCUUAGGCCAUAUUUCGAGCUGACCAAUGCUGUGAGGAUUGGUGACUUGGAGCUGUUCAGGAACGUUCAAGAGAGGUUUGCGAAAACGUUUUCUGAAGACAGGACUCACAAUCUCAUAGUCAGACUCCGACACAACGUUAUCAGAACAGGACUGCGCAACAUCAGCAUCUCUUACUCGAGAAUCUCCCUAACCGAUGUCGCCCAGAAGCUAAGAUUGAACUCAGCAAACCCAGUCGCGGAUGCAGAAAGCAUUGUGGCUAAAGCCAUUAGAGAUGGAGCAAUUGACGCGACCAUCGACCACAAGAACGGUUGUAUGGUCUCCAAGGAGACAGGAGACAUCUACUCCACUAACGAACCGCAGACUGCGUUUAACUCGAGGAUUGCCUUCUGUUUGAACAUGCACAAUGAAGCGGUCAGAGCGCUGAGGUUCCCGCCAAACACGCAUAAGGAGAAAGAGAGCGACGAGAAAAGGAGGGAGAAGAAACAGCAGGAAGAGGAGCUUGCUAAAUACAUGGCUGAGGAAGACGAUGAUGAUUUCUAG